ACUGGGGCCUGAGCUCCAGUGGAAAUCGAAGUUUUGUGGAAAAACACAGACCUGUCACCACAUGAGUUUUAAGUCUUCAGUGGCUCAAAAGACUCUUGAGCACAAAACCCUUUAACUUCAUAUUUGUUGAAUCAGACUUUUGUAACAUUUGUACUUCACAACUCAAGUUGGCACAACUAAAUUUCCUAAAUCUGAAAAGGGCCAGAGAUGCAAAAGAGUGGGAAAGAAUCUUUCUUGAUUUGCAUAUCAGCAAAUGUGAGCUGUCCUUGGUUUCUAAGUCAUCUGGUGAAUAUUUCAGCCCAUGGCAAACAUAUAAAAACUUUAGCUAGGACUCAGCAGAGAACUGCAGAAAAAUAUUCAACAAGAAUGUGUGCAAAUUAAAUGUCAAAUGGGACAUGAUUGUCUUGCCUUAAUCAGAGGUUGGAGAAGGAGCAGGACAAAGAGGAGAAAGAAUUUAGCUCCACAAUGGACCAUAAGCCAGGCACUUAAUCAGCACAUGACAACCAGUACUGUUAGACUUUGAGUUUUCUCUGUUUGAACAUGGAGUCUGUCCUCCACAGCAUCUCCACCACUGCAGUAGUUGCAGAGUUCAUUCUGGGGAAUCUGAGCAAUGGAUUGAUAGUGCUGAACAACUGCAUUGACUGGAUCAACAAGAGAGAGCUUUCCCUAGUUGAUCAAAUCCUCGUUAUCUUGGCAAUUUCCAGAGUUAGUCUCCUCUGGGAAACAGUAUUUAUUUGGGUUAAACACAAAUCAAUUUCAUUUAUCACCAGAGAAGAAUUAAAAAUGCUUGUGUUCUGCUGGAUACUAUCUAGCCACUUCAGUCUCUGGAUCGCCACAGCUCUCAGCAUCUUUUAUUUAUUCAGAAUAGCUAACUUCUCCUGUUGGAUCUUUCUCUACUUGAAAUGGAGACUUGAACAACUGAUUGUGGGGGUGCUGCUGGGAAGCUUGGCCUUCUUGCUUGCAAAUCUAAUGCAAGCAAGCAUCACUUUUGAAGAGAGGUGGAACCAAUAUGGAGGAAACACAACUGUGAAUUUCAUGGAGACAGAUUUCACACUAUUUUCAGAGGUGAUCUUAUUCAACGUGACUAUGUUCUCUGUAACACCAUUUUCAUUGGCUUUGAUCUCAUUUCUCCUGUUAAUCCUCUCUUUGUGGAAACAUCUCCAGAAGAUGCAGCUCAAUUCCAGAGGACAUAGAGACCCCAGUACCAAGGCGCACAUGAACGCCAUGAAAAUUAUAAUCUCUUUCCUCCUACUCUACGCUAUUUAUUUUCUGUCCCUUUUGAUAACAUGGGUUGCUAAGAAACACCACAGUGAACUGGUUCAAAUUAUUUGUAUGAUAACUGGACUCAUGUAUCCUUCAACUCACUCAUUAAUCUUGAUUCUAGGAAACUCUAAAUUAAAGCAGACUUCUCUUUUGAUACUAAGGCAUCUUGGAUGUAGGCUGAAAGGACAGAAUAUUCUAACUACUUAAGGCAUCCAAACAACAUGCUUUGCUGUAGAGAACAAGCAAAUCUAUGAGGAAAUAGUUCAAGAACUUUUUUCUUUUGUCAUAAACAGUGUAUUAUUCGUCAGUCUACAUCACUGACUAAGGCUCAGACAAUAUAGUUAGUUAUUUUAAUGCUUGAUUUCAAUUAAAUCAAAGCAGAAGUGAUAGUAUGCUACUUUAAUCCCAUAAUGCCUUUAAUCCCAGCUCUCGGGAGGAAGGUAGAUCUCUUUGAGUUCAAGGCCAGUCUGGACUACAUGAUGGUUUUCAGAACAACAAACA